CCUGGGACGACCACAUCCCUCUUUGGAUUCUUCACGUUUCCCACGCCUCCCGCGCGCCUCUAUCGCUUUCAUCUCCAAGGCAAGAGACUUGGUCCAUCUACCUCCCGUCGCAUCUUCUGGCAGUAGAAAGGAAAUCUGCCUUCAAUCGAUCUCACGCAUCGCGUCCUUGCCCACCCCCGGCCGCUUCCACAAAAGUCAAAAAAACCCCCCGGCAACUCUCUCUGGCUCGGCCGGCGCAAAAGCCACCCCCCGUCUCCCUACGACAUCCGAGAUCGCGCAAACACGUUUCCGAACCAUCAGACAGAACCUAUCCAUCCAUCAUGGCUCACUUCGACGAAUCAACCGCGCCAUCAAAUGGCACACAACCAGCCAAGUUGUCCCAGGCCACAUUGAAGAACAGCUCCCUCAACUUCCUAUCCUCCACCUCCAAACCCCCCGGUUCGCAAUUGCCGCAACCGAGCAGGCGCGUCAAGACCCUCGCCGCAAUUGGCGCCGCUCGACCCGAUGCGUCGCGGUCCCAUUCGCCGCCCUCCCAGCUGCUAUCCCCGCAUAACCCUGAAAGCCCUUCGCGGGGCAAGGCCUUGAGCGACACGGCCGGCGAAGAUUUGAACGUCGUUGAUCGCGGCACUCCCGCCGAUACCAUUUCUGCCGCCCCCACCGCUGUCAUGGAGGUGCCUGUAGAAUCCGCCGAGCCCUCGGCGUCGACGGCGCCUGCAAGAGCCACUCCUGAGGUAGAAGCACCCUCGUCUACACGGGAAUCCAGCGUACCGCGCUCUGGGUCUGGCGUCCUCUCGUCUGUCCGGAAAACCUUCAACUCUGCUGUUCACAACUUGACGGCACAGCGCACUGGCACCACUACCGUUACCACCACGAUCGAGCAGACGGUCAUCAGCCGGAAGCUCAGCAAAGAGCCCGAAUCUGACAAGACACCUUCUCCUGACGACAAGGAAGUCGAAAACAACAUCGAUGCUGCCAACGCCACCGAUCCCAAUGAUACCUUGGUCCAAGUUGGCAACCAGCUCGAGACGGAGGUGGCGGAAGAGGAGAUCCGCGCUACAAGCCCCGUGAAAAAGGCCGCCCAAGUGGCCUCUCCGGCUGCGGACGAUAACGAAAUCAAUGUUGCUACUGCCAAUGCAGCUGAAGACGCAGACAAUGCCAAUGCAGCUGACAACGCAGACACUGUCAAAGCUGCUGCGCCUACCCAAGAUGCUACCCCCGACACCGGUGCCGAUGAAGACGAAGACGAGGAAGUGGAUGACCCCAAGAAGGGAAUCUUCGUGCUUGAAAAGAUUAUUGGACAUCGCCGCGACCCCAAGGACAAGACCCUUUUCCAGAUGCAAGUCAGCUGGAAGAACGACGAACCGACUUGGGAGCCGGAGCAGAACAUCCAAGAGGACGCCGAGGAGGCCCUUUUCGAAUACUGGGACAGCGUCGAGGGCGGCCGGUUAGGCGCCAUGGCCGACAAGAACCUCUGGCAUGUGUUGAGGGUCGAGAAGCACAAGAAGAAACCCUCGGGCGCCAUUCACCUCCUCAUCUGCUGGGUCGGAACGCCCGAUCGGUCGUGGGAGCCUGAGAGUCAAGUGAAGGUGUACGCCCACCAACACCUCGAGGACUACUGGAAGGCACAGGGCGGACGCGAAAAGCACAUCAAGGCAUCCGUCGUGCCCGCCAAGAGGGGCCGCGGCCGCCCCCGUAAGAACCCCCUUCCUACCGCCGAGGACAAGCCCGUGGGCAGGCCGGGCCGGAAGCCAAAGCGUGACGCGGCAGAGGCCGGACUAGUGGAAGAAGCCGGGGUCGUCGAAGAGGCGGUCGCUCCCGAGAACAAGGCCGAAAAGGCCCAGAACAUUGACGAGGAGCCCCCCAAGAAGCGCGGCCGCGGUCGUCCCCGCAAGAACCCCGUGUCGUGAGCUCCCUGUCGCGCUGAUGUGUAUCAUUUUGGCAACGUCCGCCAUCCUGGGAAUGUUAUUUGGCUUACUUGCCCUAAAAAAUAGGGGCAGAGAGAGAGAGAGAGCGGCGUUGAUGCUUUCUGUUUUUCUUUAGACGGACCUUGCUCGUUACCCGGUUGACAUGGAUGACCCGGGCUGGAAUGUGUGACUUUGUUGGGCGGGCUGGGGAUCUUGUACCAUACGUUCUCAUCGUGUUCCAUCUUUUUCCUUGCGGCUUGUUGGCGUGUCUUUCUACGGCUCUGAAUACUAGGACGAGGUUUUUUCUUUCUUUUCCUCUUCAUUUUUCAUUUUAUCGUUUGUUGCUGGGCUGAAGACACAAGAUUUGGAUGGGACGGGACCGUCACGCCCCGUCACUGGAUAUCACGGCUGGCAGGCGGUCAUGCACGGCGGCUGAAGCCACGGGCCGGCGCACAUCGGCACAUCUCACGCAUCUGCAGUCGGCUUAGCUCUCGUACGCCAUUCUCGACCAUGGUCUUCCCUUUCCGGUAGAUGUCCGGUUUGCUCGAGCUUUCUGUCCCGGCCGCUGAAAGGGUUGGAGGCGGCGCAUAGCAGCAUCUGUUGCUUAGAACGAGGCGAGAAUGACUACAUGUAGUGAUCGUUUCCGGCACACUUUUGUCACUCCGAACUAGGCCUACAUCGACGGCAGUCAUGGAUGGUAGUGGGCAGUGGUGAUGUGUCACGGGAAAAGACGAGGCACGGCAGACUUUUGUAUAUAUUUCUCGCGAAGAGCGAUGCGCAAAUAUUAGCCAGAAUGUGACGGUGGAAAGGAAAAAAAAGAAGAAACCAAAAAAGAAUUAACUAUACUGUGACGCCUUUUCCGGACGUACGGCCGUGACCCAAGAAGAUAUCAUUCAUAAAAUCCCCAGAAACAAAGGCGGUAUCAUUGAGAGAACGUGUCAAGAACAUAAAGUCGUA